AUGGCUCAGUCUACCCAGUUCGAUGUCGAAGCGACGCUGGCAAAGCUCACGAUGCCGCAGAAGAUCAGGCUACUUGCUGGCUUAGGCUGGUGGCAUACCGAACCCGUCCCGGAGGCUGGCGUUCCAUCUAUGCGUAUGAGUGAUGGUCCCAAUGGUGUUCGCGGCACUCGAUUCUUCAACGGCGUGCCAUCGAAUUGCUUCCCCGCCUCAACAGGCCUCGGGUCUUCCUUCGAUAUUGGUCUUGCGCGUGACAUUGGAACUGCGCUCGCCGAGGAAUGUCGUGCCAAGGGAUGCCACAUUCUUUUGGGGCCUACUGUCAAUACGCAGCGCUCUCCGCUCGGCGGACGUAGCUUCGAGUCUUUCUCUGAGGACCCGCAUGUGAAUGGGCACAUUGCCGCUGCAUACAUCAACGGCCUUCAGGCCAGAGGCGUUGCCGCUACAAUUAAACACUACGUCGCGAAUGAUCAAGAAUUUGAACGUUUCUCUAUCAGCAGCGACGUGACAGAACGGGCUCUGCGCGAAAUCUAUCUCAAGCCAUUUCAGAUUGCCAUCCGCGAUUCAAAUCCCUGGGCUCUCAUGACCAGCUACAACCGUGUUAACGGCCUUCAUGUCUCCGAAAACCCCUGGCUGCUGGAUGAGAUCUUGCGCAAGGAAUGGGGCUACAAAGGCAUGACUAUGAGCGACUGGAUCGGCACCUACUCUACAACGGAGGCCAUCAAGGCCGGUCUUGACCUAGAGAUGCCUGGCCCAAGUGUCGUGCGCGGUGCAGCGAUCACCCGCGCUCUUGCCGGAGAGAAGCUACUGCCAGGAGAUAUCGACGCCCGCGUUCGCAAGAUCCUUGAGCUGAUGGUCCACGCGCAUGAGUCCGGCAUUCCCUUCGACGGUCCCGAAGAGAGCUAUGAUACACCAGAAGUGCGGGCUCUGCUGCGCCGCGCUGCCGCAGACGCAACCGUCCUCCUCAAGAAUGACGCGGGUGUUCUACCGCUCAAGAGCCCAAGAAGCAUCGCCGUCAUCGGCCCCAACGCCAAGCUCGCAUUCUCUUCCGGCGGCGGCUCUGCUCGUCUGCUUGAGACGUAUACCGUCUCGGCUCUCGACGCCAUCACUGCUGUAGCGGCGGAGACAGGCGCACAAGUAACAUUCUCAGUGGGCGCGCACACGCACAAUUGGCUUCCACUGCUCGACCCCUACAUCACGCAUGGUGGCAAGCCGGGUGCUCUCGUUGAAUUCUGGAAUGAAGAGCCAGCCCCUGGUUGGCUUGAAAACCUUGAGGAGGGUCCAGCCUGCGCAUGGAGUACCCCCACGCGUGGUAGCAGCUGUUUCCUCAUGGAUGGCAUUGACGACUCGAAGGUCAACGAUACCUGUUGGAUCCGGUACAGCACAGAGUUUGUACCUGACGAGGAUGGCGACUGGGAGUUCGACGCAACUAUCUCUGGCAAGGGCACGCUGUUCAUCGAUGGCAAGGUUGCCAUUGAUCUCAUGAACGCGCCGCCGGGCGAGUCCUUCUUCGGUCUUGGAACGGAGGAUCUCCGCGCCACCAUCAAAGGAUUGAAGAAGGGCCAGGCCGUACGCGUUGAAAUGCGUAUGAGCAACGCGAGCUUCCAGGCCGGCGGCGGAGCGCCAUUCUCGACGCGUGGCGGCAUUCGUAUGGGUGGCGUCAAGACGCUCAACCCUGAGGAGGCCAUUGCAUCAGCAGCGAAGGCGGCGAAGGAGGCAGACGCGGCUGUCGUUGUCAUCGGUCUCAAUCACGAUCUCGAGAGUGAAGGCUUUGACCGCCCGCACAUGAAGCUCCCUGGUUUGACAGAUAAGCUGGUGUCAGAGGUGCUCAAGGCAAAUCCGAAAACGGUCAUCGUGAACCAGAGUGGUUCGCCAGUUGACAUGAGCGCCUGGAUCGACCAAGCCACGACUGUGAUUCAGGCGUUUUACGGCGGUAACGAGCUUGGCAACGGGCUCGCUGAUGUGCUCUUCGGCAAAGUAAACCCCUCCGGCAAGCUGGCAUUGACGUUCCCCAAGCGUAUAGAAGAUACACCCGCAUACCCUGACUUUGGCCCUAACGGCAUGUCCCCCGGACGCAUAUUGUAUGCGGAGGGCAUCUACGUUGGCUAUCGCAACUAUGACAAGAAAUCCAUCGAGCCGCUCUUCCCCUUCGGCUUCGGUCUCUCCUACACCACCUUCGAAUACUCCGAUAUCUCCGCUACACCUAUUUCUGCCGACGGCAAGUUCUCGGUAACCUUCACCGUCAAGAACACUGGCAGCGUAGACGGUCGUGAGGCUGCGCAGGUCUACGUCUCUGAUCCCAUCUCGACGCUCCCACGGCCCGUCCGCGAGCUUAAGGGCUUCACGAAGAUCGCACUGAAGUCCGGCGAGAGCAAGAAGGCCACGCUUCAGUUUGACCGCGAUGCUCUCGGUUACUACAACGAGCGUCUGGGCAAGUGGGUUGCGGAGAAGGGCACAUUCGUGGUCGAAGUUGCGGCGUCUUCGCGUGACAUCAGGCUGAAGACGGAAGUUGAACUGAAGGACACGUUCACUUGGUUGGGUCUGUAG